AUGAAAGCGUCUACCUUGUACGACAAAACCAAUCGAGCGAAUCGUUUGCAGAAACUUCUGGCAAGCCCCUACGAGAGAGCGAUGAAAGCGUCUACCUUGUACGACAAAACCAAUCGAGCAAAUCGUUUGCAGAAACUUCUGACAAGCCCCUACGAGGUACCGAUGAAAGCGUCUACCUUGUACGACAAAACCAAUCGAGCAAAUCGUUUGCAGAAACUUCUGACAAGCCCCUACGAGGUACCGAUGAAAGCGUCUACCUUGUACGACAAAGCCAAUCGAGCAAGUCGUUUGCUGAAACUUCUGACAAGCCCCCUACGAGAGAGCGAUGAAAGCGUCUAUUUUGUACGACAAAACCAAUCGAGCAAGUCGUUUGCUGAAACUUCUGACAAGCCCCUACGAGGUACCGAUGAAAGCGUCUACCUUGUACGACAAAACCAAUCGAGCAAAUCGUUUGCAGAAACUUCUGACAAGCCCCUACGAGGUACCGACGAAAGCGUCUACCUUACUUGA